GCGUUUUGGCAUGCAUGCUCCAUAUCGGUCCCAGGCUAGCCGAAGGGGUAAAUCGAGACGGUCCCACGGGCCACAGUGGUUCGAGAUUUGAGCGUUCGUCCAAACGACACCGAUCUCAUCUGUGCCGAAGCAAAAGGACCUCGAUUGGCACGGAGACAACACUUCAAACAAAAGGAUUCGGGUGUAACACAGCACCAGACGAAAUUCCCCGCAGAACACAAGUCGAAGAUGCCGCUUCGCCUCACGCACGUAACGGACCGUGCCGAUUUCGAGCCUGUCAUGGCGUGCGAGUGGCUUUCGUAUGAGAACCCCAUGCAGCCAUUCUUCAGACUCUUCUGCCCGGUAUACGAAACUGGGCGUGAAGAUUCCAUCACUAAGGCCGCUUCGCUGCAGUGGGCGUGGCAUGAGCACGAGCCGGACGCGCAUUGGCUCAAGGUGGUUGACGAUGAGGCCCCUGCGACCGCUGCGGCGGAAGACAGAAUUGCCGGAGCUGCAUGGUACAAGAUUUACAAGGAAGAUCCGUUUCAGCAUGAGGAGGACGAGGUGGCCGAUUGGUAUCCUGAGGACAGUACGAGGGACUUCGUGACGCAGGCGAUUGGGCAGAUGGAGGAGCCAAGAAGGAAAGGGGCCAGAAAGCCUCACGUCUUCCUAAACAUCAUCUUCACGCACCCGUCGUAUCGGGGCCAAGGCGUCGGUGCUAUGCUUCUACGUUGGGGCAUGGACAAAGCGGACGAGCUCGAUGUCGAAUUCUGGCUCGACGCGACCCCAAUGGGUAAGCCGUUUUACGAAAAAUACGGAUUCGAGCUCGUACAGAAAAAUCCCCUGGUUCCGAAGACGGAGACCCCAGAUGACAAGUGGCGGAAAUUGGAGGCAGAGAUUGGAGAGAUCAUUUUCUGGACGAUGAAGAGGAGGAGGAAGAGUGAGAGGACGGAGAAUGUGGAACAUGCUUGACGUACUGUGUAUUCCAUGCAAAAGGAAGGUCUUCAUUGAUGUUUUAAAGGCUAUUGCGCGACGACGGCGUAAGUGAAAGCUAGUCCCCGUCGAUUCCGCGCGAUUUUCCAGUGGUACCGCAGCAAAUCAGACUACGAAUUCCACAUUCAUACACCAAGUACUACCACAUCAAAGUAGAAGCCCACCGGACUCUGGUCCAUUUAAAAGUAGC